AUGGAGGGCGCGGCGACGCCGGAAACGGGCCGGCGCACGCGCGCGGCGCUGGCCGAGAUCCCGACGCGGCUCGACCGCCUGCGCGUGACGCCGCUGCAGCCCGUCACCAACAUCCGCGAGCUCUCGCCCGCGCUGCCGCCCAGCUAUCUCAGCCCGGCGCCCUCGCCCGACGAGUUGUGUAUACAACAACGAGGCAGAAAACGACUACCAUCAACAUGGUCUCCCGAUAUAGAGUUAAAGCGAAACUCAUCAUUCCAUUCCACUGUUCGUACCCCAACAAAAAACACCCCUGGCCGCAUCUCACCACCCAAACUUGGCGUCACUCUCCGUUCUACACCAAGGAAACGCCUGAUGCUUGGUGAGUCUGAACGUAUACCUUUUACUCCGGAUAAAAUUGACUUCAGUGACCUCAGUACACCGCAGAAGUUCAAAAUAACCAGUCCUAUAAAAGGAUCACCCCCGGUUAAGAGGCUUAGAUUAGAUAAACAAGUGGAAGAGUUCAAAGGUCCUCUUGAUGUUGCUCUUAAAGGUCUCAGUCCAACCCAACUGGUAAACAUGAUCAAAAAAAUUACUCACAAGCAUCCUGAGAUUGAACAAGAGAUACGAGGAGAAAUGCCAGCUCCAGACCUUACACCGUUGGAAGAAAAGUUAAGCUAUUUGAAAUCGAACAUCUUUAAAAGUCUUCCAACGUCUAGAUUGACUUCAAAAACUGAUUCACCUGCAUUCUCCAGAGCUUCCACACAUUUGGCGGCAUUCAAAAAGUGUUUAAUUGAACAAGGGAAGACGCUAGUUGAGUCUCAACAUUGGGAAUCUGCCAUUAAAUAUGUUUUCCUCGCUUGGAGUUAUGUGAGGGCGACCCCAGUGUGGGAUAACCAGCCUCACAACAUGCAGAGGAAACAGUGUUUCAAAGCCUUGACCACCUUUUGUAUGACAUCAUUAAAGAAGGGUGCGCUUAGUAAGGAUAAACUGAUUGAUAUCCAGGAUAAGCUUCAGGGAAUGGUAGCGGACAGCGAAGAGAUACAAUCCUGCAUUAAGCUUAUUCAAGGAAGACUACAAGAUUUUUUGUAA